UGUUCCGUCUCGCAAAAUAAUUCUGCGAUUCGCGUAGAACAUCCACCGCCCCCAAAUCUCUCUAGGGUUUCCUCCCGUCCUCGCUCCCUUCUCGGCGGCGUCGUCUCGCGGCGGCGCCGGCGCCGGAGGCUUCCUGCUCCCCCCCGCUCGCUUCCCUCGUCGUCCUCCGCCCCGCGCGCCUGUAAGCAAUGGCAGUGCAAGCUGGAAACUCAGUUACUCCUAUAAGCCCCCAAGUGAUUAGUGGGGCAUUUGUUCAGCAAUAUUACCACAUUCUACAUGAGACACCAGAUCAGGUCCACAGGUUCUAUCAAGAUGCAAGUAUUGUUGGCCGGCCUAAUUCUACUGGAGUAAUGGAAUAUGUCUCCACAACUGCUGAUAUCAACAGAAUGAUCUUGUCUAUGGACUUUAGCAACUACUUAACAGAGAUAGAGACUGCAGAUGCACAGUUAUCUCACAAGGAUGGUGUGCUCAUUGUUGUUACUGGAUCUUUGACAUCUGAAGGCAUAUGCCGUAGAUUUGCACAGUCAUUCUUCCUUGCACCUCAAGAAUCUGGUGGCUAUGUUGUUCUCAAUGAUAUAUUUAGAUUUAUAGUGGAAAGGCCACCAGUUGCAAUAAAUCAAAUUACUCAAGAAAAUGAAAACAAUCAGAAUGCUGCCUCUCUUGCUGAAACUGAUCCUAAUCCAGCUGAAGACGGUAUGGUCUCAGACCCAGUGGCAGUGGAGAAUAAUUUCGCAGAUGGGGAAGUGACAAAUUCCACUCUUGAUGGCACUAGUGUCGAAAAUAAUGCUACUGUUGAAUCACCUGAACAAAUGAGCAAAGAGGAGGAACCCAGGAAGACCCCUGUUGCUGCUCCUACCCCUACAUCUCAGAAGGAUGUAACAAAGAAGUCCUAUGCGUCAAUUGUGAAGGUGAUGAAGGAGGUGCCACUGACCCCAGUUGCGAAACCUAAGCCAGCUCCAAAACCUGUGAUUAAGACUGCUGAAGCUUCAGAGAAACCUUCUGUUAAAAGUACUCAGACUGUUGAAAUCACUCCAAAUGAUGAUAACGUUGCUGAAAACAACACUUCUAAUGAUGAGCAAGGUUACUCAGUUUUUGUCAAGAGUUUGCCUUACAAUGUGACUGUCCAGAUGGUUGAGGAAGAGUUUAAGAAAUUUGGUGCUAUCAAGCCAAGUGGAAUCCAAGUUAGAAACAACAAGAUUGACCGAUUCUGCUUUGGCUUUAUCGAGUUUGAGUCACAGCAAUCUAUGAAGGCAGCAAUUGAGGCAUCUCCAAUUCUUAUGGGUGGGAAAGAAGUAUUUGUUGAGGAGAAAAGAACCACUACCCGAGUUGUGAAUGGUGUUGUCAUCACACGUGGUGAUAAUGGGAAUGGUGGUGGAGGUGGUCGUUUCCAAUCUGGAAGGGGAGCCUUCCGUGGUGAUAAUUUCAGAGGACGAGGUGGUGGCUAUGCGAACAAUGCUAACUACCACGGAGGUGAUAACUUCAACAGGAGGAGUGACUUAAGAAAUCGCACUGAGUUUUCAGGUCGUGGUCGAGGGCCACCACCUGGGAAUGGCUAUCAGCAGAACGGAUUCCAUCCGGCGCGGCCCUUCCAGAACGGAAAUGGGAGGUUUACCCGUGUCAACAACUCUCCUAGGCAAACACCGGUUGCUGCAUAGAUGAGGGCAUUUUCCAGGGGAAAUUCACCAAAACUGGAAUUUCCUGCAGAGCUUAAGAGUUUUAAGUAGAGCAUUGUUUCUUAGACAAAUUGGGAUGGGCAUGAAGAUUCUUUUUCUCCUUGUAACUUCUGCUACAAGGUAGAGUUUUGGUGAUUAAUUGCUGUUGACUAACGUCCAUUGGUUUGGUGGUGGUCCAAAAUUGUAUCAUCUGCUGAUCCGAAUUCGGGGAAAUGGAACAUUCAUCUUGACGUACGUGCAGAGAUUU